GUACACGCGCACACACUUGAUGAUUCCAGCCUGAGAUCACUCCCACUCUGCACCUCUGACUUAAGAAGUGGUGCAAAGGCAGCCACACAAUUCUACUCGUGAAGCAUACUUUGAAAAACAGCCGAUUUGGCUUUUGAAUAUUUGCGUACAAGCUGCGCUGUUGGUCACAUACCUGCACGUCGGCCAGAGAGGAUGUCACUGACAAUCAACGACAGCGAGCAAGCGGAUCCGAGAGACGAGACCCUGGCCAGGGUAGAAAUCACCCUGUUGGCCAUCAUCUUCGCCAGCGCCGCCGUCCUGAACGGAGUCCUGUUGCUGGUCCUGUGGCGCCAACGCAAGCACAUGAGCCGGAUGCGCGUGUUCGUCUUCCACCUGGCCCUGGCCGACCUGGUGGUCACCUUCUUUCAGGUGUGCCCGCAACUCAUGUGGGACAUCACGGACAGGUUCUUCGGUCCGGACCUGGUGUGCCGCCUGGUGAAGUACUUGCAGGUUUUGGGCAUGUUCUCGUCCACCUACAUGAUCGUGGCCAUGACGGUGGACCGGUACCAGGCGGUGUGCAACCCCAUGGUUAAGUUCCAGCGGACGCACCGGCGCAUGAGUGCGGCUGUGUGCGCGGCGUGGGGGGUAUCCCUAGUGGGCAGCCUGCCCCAGGUGUUCAUCUUUUCCCGUGUGGAGGUGGCACCCGGCGUGUUUGACUGCUGGGCCAAAUUCGUCCAGCCGUGGGGGCUCAAGACCUACAUUACGUGGACCACGGCGGUCAUCUUCGUGGUGCCCGUCAUCACUCUCGUCUUCUGCCAAGUGCGCAUCUGCUGGGCCAUCCAACAAAACCUGCGCCGCAAGCCGCGGCGCGGCCUGGCGGGACCUCUGCCCCCGAGAUCCAGCGGCGCUGCCGGCAUGUCCAAAGCCAGGGUGAAAACCCUCAAGAUGACCGUGGUCAUUGUGGUGGCCUACGUGGUGUGUUGGUCUCCUUUCUUCACCGUCCAACUGUGGUCCGCAUGGGACCCCAAUGCACCCAAAGAAACCGCCACGUUCACCAUCCUGAUGCUGCUGGCCAGUCUCAACAGUUGCGCCAACCCCCUCAUCUACCUCCUCUUCAGUGGUCCCUUUCCUUGGAGGCUCCUCGUACCGGAAUGCCAGCGGCACUCCUUCGCCAAAGACUCCACACACGACGAAGCCACGCUGGUCAGCACCUUCUACACCAGUUUUAAAACCCUCGCCAAUGACAAGUGAAGCGUGUUGGGGAGGAAGCAGGUGAGGCAGUGUUGCCGCCUGGUGCAUGCUGAGCAGAUGCUAAUCCACCGGGGUGUCUCUGGACUGGCAAGAUAUCAUUUGUCAGUGACACACAAUAUUGUAAAUACAGCAUCUCUCAGCUAAGCACAGGGGGGUGGCCUGCAUGAGGAAGUGUGUUCCAGAUGCAGGAUGUUGAACAAACACAAGACGAGGGCAACUGUGCCUGAGUGAGGUGCCAGAAAAGAAAAAUAACUCUGUAUUAACAAUCAUGUCCCAUUCCUUUGUUAUGGUGAACU